AUGUUGCAUGUCACGUCACGUCUGCCAACAGCUGUCGCUGCCCUUACCUUCACCGUAACCAUCGUAACGAUUUGUAUGCUGGCUAGCGUUGGGGGACAGACCCAUUCCCAGAGCCAGCUUGACUUUGGCAAUCUCUGGGAGGGGCUUUCUGGUCAAACGGCAGCUCAGCGCACAUCAGCUCAGCUGCAGCAGAAAGUAAAUGCGGUGAAAAGACGCUGCCUGGAAAGCCUUAACAUGCCGCUAAGCUACAUGCAGCAAACGUUGCUGACCGCUAGUAGUGCCACGCAGCAAGAGAAGUGUCUGAUUGAGUGCAUAUUGAAGGGCGCCAAGUUGAUGAGCAACAAUAACAAGCUGUCGACGCGCAUGGUCAGCAAAUUAGCCGGAAUGGCGUCCAACGACAACGAGCUGAUAAUGGCGAUAGCCAUAGCCACGGCUGAGAACUGCAAUCGACGAGUGGUGGCCACCGAACCCUGCGAGGCGGCCUUCCAAAUAAACCGCUGUAUUAGUCGAGAGAUUAGGAACCAUAAGAUCAAAUUGAUGUACUAGGAUGAGGAUUAGGAUCUGCAUAGAGAGACCCUUCAAUUUAUUCCUAUGUGCAUAUCGAGGAACCCUAUUAUUUUCACAACCACAUAACACAUUACAUAAAAUUUGUGGGCAUAUCUGUGCUUCAACAAUAAACAAUACGUACAUACAUACGUACAUAUUUAUGUAAAUAUGUAUGUAUGUAUGUCGAAUUUAGGCAUAUGUAUAAA